AUGUCGGGGGCGAAAGACAAGUCUUUGAUCAAUAUGCUCUUGGCCACUGUGGAGGACAGCAGGGUGAAUCUGAAAUACGGACGACAAACACGCACUGAUGGUGAGAGUGCGUUCUUCGACUUUAGCUGUGACCUCACCCGAGCCCAGUCUGAUGAGCUACACGAAGAAGUAGCACGAUUGAACUCGAAACUCCGCGGCAUCGACCCUGAAUUCAUCAUGACCGUUCACAAGGCCCUUCGUACCGACGUCGACACUGAACUCGAAGGCGAGCACCACCUGGGGGAUAUCCUACCCCGCAACGCUCUCCUAUUCUUUCUUGAAUCUUGCCUUGACCUCAUUCCGACUGAUGCGCAUGAGGAUGUUGUCUUGCGGGAAGUCAAGGCGAUUCUGCCUUUCUGUGAGCGGUACAGUAACAACUGUCCUCGCAAUCCGCUGCAGCAAGCGAUCAACAACAAGCCGACAGCUUCAGUCACCCACGCAAACAGGUCUGUCGAAUCUGUUGCGGGUCAGCAUGGAGCACUUCUCAAGCACACCAGCAUGAAUGCUCUCAUGAAGAAGCUAGGAAAUGCGACCGAUAUCCCCUAUGCUACAUCCGUGUUUGAACAGGUGGCUUCUCUUCACGCUGUCCAGUAUGGUAUUACUGCACGUGCCGCGGCCCAGUCGAACGAGGACAUCAUUGCGCUCAUCGACAAAAUACUGCAUUCCAUCGAAUCCGGUAAUUUGUGA